GUAGAACAUAUUUCACAGAUGAACAAGAAGUCAGGAAUACAGUACAGAAAACUGAGCAGAGUUUGGUUGCUUUGCUGAGGCUCACCGAAGUUCUUCAUUUUUGUGUGAUUGUUUUUGUUAUUCAUCUGUUAUUUAUUUCAACACAACCCUGGACAGUGUGGCUUGUGGGACUGGAGGCUGAAACAGGAAAUCAUGAAGGUGGAGGUUCCAGAAAGCUUUGAGGAUGUUGCUGUCGAGUUUUCAGAAGAAGAAUGGGCAAUGCUGAAUAAACAGGAGAAAGCGCUACACAAGGAAGUGAUGGUACAGAACUUUGACAACAUGAUUUCCAUAGGAUGUCACAUCCCAGUGGAGCACCUUUGGAAGUUUAUCAGGAAAGAUGAGACCAUUCUACCUAAUGACACCAAAGAAAGAUUGAUGGUGGAGAAAAACCAACGUCCUGGUAACAUUAUUGUUAGUAAGUACAUGACAAAGUGUUACAUUGUUAGUAAGUACAUGACAAAGUGUUACAUUGUUCCCACUUGCAUGUAA